UCUAGUGGGUUCUAAAUCAGUAGUGCUACAACAACAACAGCAGCAGCAGCAGCAGCACGAUAGGCGUCGUAAGCCAGGUAGACCACCCAAGAACUCAGUGAAUAGCGAAACAAAUGUUUCCAAAAAACAUAAAUCCAUGAUGGAACAUCCUUAUUCAUUGCCACCACGUCUUACAGAAAAGCAAAAGAAAAAGAAAGAAAACUGCAACACGAUUCACUGUAUUUGUGAUACACCUCACGAGGAAUUUGGUUCCAUGGUUCAGUGCGAUGAUUGCUAUCAUUGGCUCCAUGUAGAAUGUCUCGAGUUAGAUGAUGAAGCUCUGGGUGAAGAAGAACCCUUCCGUUGUCCAUUAUGUUUCUUGAGUAUGGGAAAUAUUUACAAAGAUGGCAAGAGGAAUGCAAAAAACCCAAAGAUGUUGAGCUCCAUUACUUGGCGCUAUGCAGCUCAAUGGAAGAGCCGUCUUUUGGCUGAUUCUGCACGAUAUAAUCAUCAUUCUACGGAUGAUGAAUAUGACGAUGACGACGACGACGACGAUAUGAUCAUGGAUGAUGUUUGUACUUUUGCUCAUCCUUUAGAGGUGGAUGAAAACUUCACUGUUCAACACCCAUCUCCUCUAUCUCAGCCUUUCACCUCUACAUCUACAGCUCCUUUGACUGCUGACACUACUGUAUUAGCUCCUUUCACACUACCACCCUCACCAUUAACGCCUAUCAACUAUAUUCCUCCUCAACUUCAACCCUUCGAAGCUGCUGCUACUGCUGCUGCUACUACAUCCUUCAUGACGCAGACUGUAAACGAAGAGGAUGACAAUUCCUCUACCGCAGAGGAUUUGACAACAGGACCUGUAACGCCUACAUCUACGGAUUGGCCUGAUAUUUCUUCUGAAUCAAGAUACAGUAUUUCCAGUCAAGAUAGUCUUAGCACUAUCAGUAGUGUUUGCACCAGUGAAGUAACCACUCCUACCACGGAGUUUUAUUCUUCGUCUGCCCUUACUGCCGCCGCCGCACUAGCAGCUGCCUCAUCCACGUCAACAACAGGAGGAGGAGGAGUGUAUGCAUCUGAUCCCUUUGAUGUCAAAGAAAUGAAUCAACUUUUAUUCAACCAGACUGUAGAAAGUCUUGAAAUUCUACAUCAACUCGUCUACCUUGAAUCCUCUCUCCUACAUAACCGUCCACCCAAAGUAUUCUCACCCCAUGCUUCUGAUGUCUUUUUAUGUGGAGACAAUCUUGCCAAGGACAGCACGACCACUGCUUUCACCCUCCCAUCGACAUCCAUGAUGACUCACGAGAAGACGCCAUCCACCCCAUCCACGCCAUCUAUCUUACCCUCAAGUAAAGCAUCUAUUACUGCUCCUCCUUCAGAUGUUUGUUCGCAAGAUCUUUCUGAAUAUUCCUUCGAUUCAGGACCAUUUUGGAGUCCUCUUUAUUAAUUAACUAUUUCAUAUUUUAUUAUUAUUGUUCUUUAUUCUUAUUCUCAUUUUAUUUUCUAUUUCAAAUUUGUAUAUAACGCUCUCUCUCUCUCUCCUGAUGAACCCGCUCUUCUCUUUUUUAGUUGAACUCUGUGUAGAAAAGCCAAGGUAAAAAAAAAAAAACCAGAAAAAAAAAAGCCAAAAAUAAUCCCU